AGUGUAGUUCAUAUCCCGUCCGACAGGGGGCCUAUAAACAUCAACAUUUCCCAGUAUCUAUUUGCUUGAGUUAUGCUGGUUAAAAACCCUGUUUGAGUAUACUCAGUUAGCCAAAAUCUGCUUAAUUUAACAUAGCUGUCGCUUGGUAGUAAUUAUGAACGGUGCUAUGCACGACUCGUCCGGUGUGGUGGAUAUCCAGUUGAAAAGAGGACCAGCUGGAUUAGGGUUCAACAUUGUAGGAGGUGUGGACCAGCAAUUUGUGUCAAAUGACAGUGGAAUCUACGUGGCCAAAAUUAAGGAGAAUGGUGCAGCUGCACUGGAUGGCAGACUACAAGAAGGUGACAAAGUCUUGGCAAUUAAUGGACACAAAUUGGACAACCUAUUGCACAGUGCAGCCGUGGACCUUUUCCGAUCAGCUGGGGAAAAUGUAGAACUACGUGUACAACAGAGGCAUACGAUGCCACUUGUGAAUGGCCCUUCACGCUCCCGACCUGAUAAUGAAGCGUCUUUCUCUGCUCUGGGAUUGCUAGGUAUAACUUUGGCAUCAGUUGUACUCCUCACGUUUGUCUAUAUGCGCCUUCGACCACAAAUGAAGAGGCAUUUUUAAAUCUCAGAAUCCAAGUCAUUCACGAGGAGAGAGGAUCUUUUCCAGUGACAAAGUUCACAUCCCCCCCCCUGCGUUAUAGUGCUACGUUCCAUGGGUAGGACUCACUAGGUAGAACUGGUUAGUGUCCCAGGGACAGCGAUUGAAUACAAAUAGUUAAGAAACAAAUAUUCAAUUCCAAUCUCGGCACGCCCUCCCUUCCCCCAAAUCAAUGACAUGUCAUUUUUCUUUUAUAAAGUCCAAGAUCUAAGAGAGACCCUUUUUCCUGUCAGUUAAGGUUAUUUUUGAAGGUACUGGACAGACAAACAUGAUUUUGUUAGAAACGGUAAUUCAGUAGGUUGUGAUGAAUAUACCACAUGUACCAUGAACCUGCUACAUACUGUAAACACACUAUUUUCCCCCUGGUGUUUCACAUUAACCAAAACGUUUUGGUUCCAUUUUUGUCUGAAUGUUGAUAUGAGUUGGUCUAAUAAACGGUGUACUCUGUAAUUCAUUAUGGCAAAAUGACACUUGCCGAUGUUACCUGAUAAUGAGUUGAGACAACUGCAGUGCAAAUGUAAUUUUAAAAUAGACCAAUUUCAUAUUGAGAUGAUUUUUUUAUUUUUUUUUUAAUGUUUCGUUUUGAAUGGUACUUGUUGCCACCUCCUGAUUGGUUUUGGUGAUUAAGUAUAAAAAUUCUAAAGUUUUGGUAUAUUUUACAGGUUUCACAGUUUGUGUUGCAAUAAGUCAUCCUAGACAUUAAUAUGAUUGAGUUAGCAUAAAGGUUUGAUUCACUUAAAUUAUGUAAUUUAAUGCUGUUGAUAACCUCUUCUGAAUUUGACUUAUGCUUGAUUCACUUUUGGACUUAUUCAAAGGUGUUUUCACUCGCACUGAUGUCGUCUAGAUUCAGUCAAAUGGUAAUGCAGGAGAUCAGUGAUAUUGUAAUAUUGUAGGAACAAAUUGUUUAAAUGUUCAUAAGUACUGAGAGCUGUGUUGUACUUUAAAUAAUUUUGGAGCUGAUCAUUGAACUUCUCAUUUUUAUAAUAUGCAAGGGUUGGCAGUUACACUAUAGCUGAAUUUGCAGUAUAUUAAGUAAUCAGGUCUUAGUUAUGUAAGACCUUAUUACUUGAAUCUUGUAUGAAUGAAUUUACUCUUGUCACAGAUAAAUUCUGUGGUUGCUAUGAUUAUAAAGUGAUGUUUAUGCAGAAGUAAUGCCAAUUAAACUGAGUAGACAUUAAAGCAUUCUUGCACUGAAUAUAAUGAAAGUUAGUGAAUUUUGCCAUGGAAAAAUUACUAGUAAAUGAAAAUGCUUAUCCUUCAAAUUACUAGUAAACAUAAAUCCUCAAAGACCAGACGUAGAAAUAGCAGUGAACGAGACCGGGUUAGCAUUUAUUUUAUACUAUGUUAUACAGCAGAUCUUUCAAAAUCUUUCCUGCACUCGUGUAACUUAUUCAUAAAUUAAAGUUCUGGUGUUGGAGGAAAAAUAUAACUGUAUCUCCAAUCUUGAUAUUCUUUUGGAAAUCUAUUGGACCUGUCAGCUAUAUAGAUCCAGUAAAUAAGACUGUCAUUUGUUUUAUAAAUGUGCUCUUUAAAGAUCAAAGAGCAGGGUUAGGAUAUUGUAUUCGUUGAAAGCUUGUAUAAUUUAAUAAAUCACUUUUUUUUUUACAGCA